AUGAGAAUAUUCAUACAGCAUCAGAAAAUUCAUUCUAGUGAGAAACCCUUUGAAUGUAAGGAAUGUGGGAAGACCUUUAAAUAUCAUUACCAACUUAUUGAACAUUGUCGAAUUCAUACUGGUGAGGAACCCUUUGAAUGUAAAGAAUGUGGGAAGGCCUUUAGUCUUCUGAUAGAGCUUGCACGACAUCAGAACAUUCAUACUGGUGAGAAACCAUUUAAAUGUAAGGAAUGUGGCAAGGCCUUCAGUCGUGGCUCGAAUCUUGUUCAACAUCAGAGUAUUCAUACCGGUGAGAAACCAUAUGGGUGUAAGGAAUGUGGAAAGGCUUUUAGACUUCACCUACAACUUUCUCGGCAUCAGAAGACUCAUACUGGUGAGAAGCCAUUUGAAUGUAAAGAAUGUGGGAAGUCCUUUAAUCGUGUCUCAAACCUUGUUCAACAUCAGAGUAUUCAUGCUGGCAUGAAACCAUAUGAAUGUAAGGAGUGUGGUAAAGGCUUUAAUCGUGGUUCAAAUCUUAUUCAGCAUCAGAAAAUUCAUUCUAGUGAGAAACCCUUUGAAUGUAAGGAAUGUGGGAAGGCUUUUAGGUAUCAUUACCGACUUAUUGAACAUCAUAGAAUGCAUACUGGGGAGAAACCCUUUGAGUGUAAGGAAUGUGGAAAGGCCUUUACUCUUCUGACACAGCUUACUCGACAUCAGAACAUUCAUACUGGUGAGAAACCAUUUAAAUGUAAGGAAUGUGGCAAGGCCUUCAAUCGUGGCUCAAAUCUCAUUCAACAUCAGAGUAUUCAUACUGGUGAGAAACCCUAUGGAUGUAAAGAAUGUGGAAAGGCUUUUAGACUUCACCUACAACUUUCUCGACAUCAGAAGACUCAUACUGGUGUGAAAUCCUAUGAAUGUAAGGAAUGUGGAAAGAGCUUUAGUCGUGGUACAGACCUUAGAGUACAUCAGAGAAUUCACACUGGUGAGAAACCCUUUGAAUGUAAAGAAUGUGGAAAGGCCUUUAGACAUCACUACCAAUUUCUUGGACAUUACAGAAUUCAUACUGGUGAGAACCCCUAUGAAUGUAAGGAAUGUGGGAAAUGCUUUACUUGUGGUAGCGAACUUAGAGUACAUCAGAGGAUUCAUACUGGUGAGAAACCAUAUCAAUGUAAGGAGUGUGGGAAGGCCUUUAGUCGUAGCUCAAACCUUAUUCAACAUGUUAAAAUUCAUACUGGUGAGAAGCCCUAUGAAUGUAAGGAAUGUGAAAAGGCCUUUAGCAAUAAUUAUGAACUUACUGUACAUCAGAGAAUUCAUACUGGUGAGAAACCUUAUGAAUGUAAGGAAUGUGGGAAAACUUUUAGACUUAGUUCAGUCUUUACCGCUCAUCAGAGAAUUCAUACAGGUAUGAAACCCUAUGAAUGUAAAGAAUGUGGAAAGACCUUUAGUUGUAGCUCAAACCUUAUUCAGCAUGACAGGAUUCAUACUGGUGAGAAACCUUAUGAAUGUAAGGAAUGUGGGAAGGCCUUUAGACUUAGGUCAGUUUUUAUUGCCCAUCAAAGAAUUCAUACAGGUCUGAAGCCCUAUGAAUGUAAAGAAUGUGGGAAGGCCUUCACUGUGAAUGGUCAGCUUACUCGGCAUCAGAAAAUUCAUAAUCGUCAGAAGUCCUAUGAAUAUGAGGAAUGUGGGAAAAUUACUGGAUAUGAACAACUUAACAUCAGAGAGUUCAUAGUGGCAAGAAAUUCUAUGACUAUAAAAAAAUGUGGGAAGACCUUUCAUCGUGGACUGAGAUUUGCUCAACAGCACAGUAUUCCUACUGGUGAGGAAUUUUGA